AUGAUUUUGUGCGUAAUUUUGAGUGGUGUUACUUCUGCUACUACAAGUAAUAGCAAUAAUAACAAAAUUUCGGAAUCAACACUGAUUACUACAACAGCAACUAGUAGUGACAAUGACUCAUCAUCAACCACCACAACAACAAUAUUGGGUUAUGUUGGAUCAUUGAUUGCCAUUCUCUUCUAUGGAAGUAACUAUGUAGUCACAAAGAAAUAUCCAACAGGAGAUGGUGUUGCCUUUUCCUGGUUAAUGUCUAAUGGUAUUUUCUUUGUUGGAUUCAUAUCAUUGGCUCUCACAACUGAUAACAAGUUGAUUUUUGUUCCGACUGGAUUGUUGAGUGGAAGUAUUUGGGCCACUGGUAAUUUACUUGUCAUUCCAAUUAUUAAAUGUGUUGGGCUGGGUUUAGGAUUUUUAUUGUGGAGUGGUGCUAACUUGAUUGGUGGAUAUUGUGUUGGUAAAUUGGGAUUGUUUGGUGUUGAGAAGGAGGUGAUUGAUAGUUUGGGAGGUAAUAUUAUGAACAUUUUUGGUUUAGUUUGUGGUAUUAUCAGUUUAUUAUUAUUCUUCUUUAUUAAACCCCCACAGGAAAAGAAGAAGAAUGAUGAUGAAACACCUCAAACUGAAGAAAAUACAACUGAAGCUGCCACUGAGGGUACUUCAUUGUUAAAUAAUGAAAAUGAACCUCAACAAAAUCUCAAUGAUGAAAAGUCAAUCAAUGAUGACAUUGUCGUUCAAGAUGUUAGCAAGUUUAAAGCUUUUAUGAACAAGUUGAAAAAGAUUUCUCAACAUCCAGCAUUUGUCAGAUUAUUAGGUAUUGGUAUGGCCAUUACUGCAGGUUGUUUGUAUGCUGUCAAUUUGACUCCUUUCAAAUUGUGGGUCCAACAUGAAAUUUACAUUCACAACAAAUCUCCAGGUCCUAUUGAUUUUGCCUUCUCUCAUUUCAGUGGAAUUUAUUUAUUGAACUCGGCUGUAUUUUUGAUUUACAUUUUAAUCAAAAAGAAUCAACCAGAAAUUUAUCCAAACAUGAUUAUGAGUAGUAUUAUUAGUGGCGCCAUGUGGGGUAUUGCUACUAUUGGUUUAUUGUACAGUUCUUCUUACUUGGGCUUUACUGUUGGUUAUCCACUUGUUGCUAUUGGACCAUCUUUGGUUUCUACUUUCUGGAACGUUUGUGUUUUUAGAGAAAUUACUGGUGUUAGAAAUUUGAUCAUCUUAUCGUGCUCUUUGUUAUUUGCUCUUAUUGGUGUCAUUUUGUUGGCUGUUAGUAAGAUUAUUUAA